CUCAUAAUAUAGGGCGUUGUUGAACAAUUGCACGAAAGGCCACAACUGAGAAUUGUUACUGCUAUCUGGGAUCCUUGGGACAUAACCUUUACCAUUUUACAUUUCAACUUCAAUUUGGGCAACGUCAAUGUUGUGACGUGCCAAGGGUUCCAAAUAGCAUACGCCAAAUGAUAAUAGCAUGCAUUUGUACUACCGUUAGCUAGCUGUCAACAGCAAUAGAUAGGACGAAUUAGACUAACGCUACAUUUUUAUAAAAAAACGACAAGCGCGUGUUAAAUAUGUAAUAUCUCGUCACCAGAUGUGCAAGGUAUGACGCUUUUAUCUUGUUGUAUUUUCGUAAUAUGUUUUUAGCACGCGAGCUAGCUAACGUUAGAUGUAACUGUUACUAGCAACGAAUAGCAUGCUAACUUUAGCUAUUUACAGUACCUAGCUCCAAAUCCAAUAAUUGGCAUCGUUCAAGACAUCACGAGUUACACGUAUAAAAGGUUACUCUGUCAAUCCUCACAUACUGAAAUCCCCCAUGACUAUUUUUGAAAGCAGUUUCAAUGCCCAGUUGGGAGUAGGCUAAAAUGUAAUAUUAUCUGUGGUAUGCGUGUCAUCAGCACUGCACUCCUCGUAAAUAGCUUUGUAUUGGUUCUUUUUGACAACAGAUUCACCGCAUUCUCCCUCUCCUGUAUAGGGUAUUGGCAGGGCCGGGAGUUUUUCCUAUCACUUGGUCAGGAAACGCUUUUGGUCCUUGGUAUUACAUGUUUUCUGAAAGAAAAAAAAAGUGUAUGACCUAUCCGACUACUACUCACCGAUUAAUAUGGUUUCAACAAGGGCAUUGCGGAUGUAUUAGCCUGAACUGGUGCCCAGCAUGACUGUUCUGUACUCCGAUAUCGAAAGAUAUUCCCAUCUGUGAAGUAAUUUAGUCCUCAUACAACCACAAAACAACCAUGGAUACCUACGUAGCCAUCCAUGGCAAGAACAUAUCCCACAACCCCCUCUCCUCCACCCAAGCCAUGUCUAUCGACAAGCUCUUCCCGGCUCUCCUGGAGUGUUUUGGGAUCAUCCUGUGUGGAUACGUCGCCGGUAGGACAGACAUAAUCACCUCCUGUCAAGCUAAAGGAUUAGGGAACUUUGUGUCUAAAUUCGCCCUCCCGGCGCUGCUCUUCAAGAACAUGGUUCUGUUGGACUUUAAUAAUGUGAUCUGGUCGUUCCUGUGGAGUAUCCUGAUAGCCAAGGUGUCGGUGUUCGCCCUGGUGUGUGUUCUGACGCUAGCCGUGGCCAGUCCGGAGAGCAGGUACAGCAAGGCAGGACUCUACUCCAUCUUCGCUACGCAGAGCAACGACUUCGCCCUGGGGUAUCCCAUUGGAUUUGCCUUCUGUGAGGUCCAGAAGUGGAAGGACCACCCAGAGAGACAGCAGGGGAAGUUGCAGAUCAUCAGAGUGGUGCUGCUGCAGGUACUGAAGAACCCGAUAGUGUUCAUGGUGGUGGUCGGGAUCGUGUCCCACUUUGCCCUGGGCCAGAGGAUCCCUGCUGUGAUGGAGGAGUUUGUGGAUGGCCUGGCCAACUCCUUCGGAGGAGCAGCUCUCUUCUACCUGGGACUAUCUAUGGUGGGACAGGUGGGCAAACUCACCAGGUCUACUGGAGUAGCCCUGAUCCUGCUCAUCACUGCCAAACUGCUGGUGAUGCCUCUUAUCUGUAUGGACAUGGUAGACCUGCUGGACUCUCCAGGCUCCAACAGCAGCAGUCUGAACCACUCCAGCCUGUCUAACUAUGCCUUUCUCUACGGGGUGUUCCCCACCGCUCCCAGCGUAGCCAUCUACGCAUCACAGUACAACAUGGAGCUGGAAGUGGUGACGUCAGGGAUGGUGAUCAGCACGUUCCUGUCUGCCCCCAUCAUGUACGUGUCAGCCUGGCUCCUGACCAUCCCCCUGAUGGACCCCAAGCCACUGGUCACUGAGCUGCAGAAUGUUAGCUUCAACAUCAGCAUCGUCAGCCUGGUCGCACUGGUGUGGACCAUCGCUGUCAUUCUCCUCAGUAAGAAGUUCAAGAGGCUCCCACACAUGUUUUCCAUGAACCUCUUCCUGGCACAGUUCCUAGUGUGUGUCAGUAUGAUCCUGUGGAACUUCGUGGUGAAGCAGGAGGACAUCUUGGGACAGGUGUUGACAUUCACACUGCUCUAUGGGUCACUCUACAGCACAUAUGUCUGGACUGGUCUCAUUCCUCUCUGUUUGGUUCUAACCAAGAAGGACAAUUUCCUGAGGAUUCCACCUGGGGUCUUCAUGGUCUUUGGCUGGGGCAUACCGUUCCUCAUCCUUGGAGGCCUGCUACUGGCAGGAGAGAGGAUGCCUGAUACUAUAGACUCUGCCUUCUUCUAUGGCAGGGCUCAGAUCAUCAGUACUGCAGUAGUAGUCUCCUGCAGCAUCUUGGUAGGUGGUUUCUCUCUGAUGGGUCUCAGCCAGGGCACCAAGGAGAACCAGAACUAUCAAGCCCUGGAGAGAGCCUCCAACACGGCUACUAUAGAGGACCUGAGACCCCCUGGACACCAGGAGGACCAGACCCCCCCACUGGAGCCCUCAGCAGCAGAGACCAGCAACAACAGUGACUGCUGUAGCUGUACACAGCCCGUGCCCGACAUGAGCAACGGCGCCACCAGGAACGACACUCCCACGUCUCUAACAGGCCAGUGUGGGGCGCUGUGUGAACCCCAGCAGCAGCAGUGUAGUCCACCGGUCCAGGAUGACAGACAGCUGGUCAGACACGUCCUGUUGUGUCUACUCCUUAUAGUUUCCCUGCUGGCUAACCUGUCCAGUUGUCUAUGGUGGUUGUUCAACCAGGACCCUGGUAGACUGUACCUGGAGCUGCAGUUCUUCUGUGCUGUGGCCAACUAUGGACAGGGCUUCAUUUCUUUUGGUAUCUUUGGCCUGGACAGGCAUCUGAUCAUUCUGCCAUUCAAGAAGAGGUUAGUGAGCCUGUGGCAGGGCAGGGAGAGUGCGGAGGAGCCCCCCUCUGUGGUUCCAGAGGAGAUCAGGCUGACCUGCACUCAGUUUGUCCGCUAUCAUAAAGACCAGUGUGUUCAGGACAUAGUGCCCAUCAAAAGGUGUGAGGGAGAGAGGGUUCAGGAGAAGGAGCGCUCCAGGGAGAGACCUGGUCAGGGGACUUAUCCUCCAUCCCAGGCCCAGACUCAGGCCACUUUCCUGGGCAGUGAUCUGGUGGACUGGCUGGUGAGGGCGGGUCUGGCCCGGGACAGGGGGGAAGCCCAGCUCUAUGGGGCUCAGCUCCAGCAAGGAGGGAUACUGCAACACCUCACACACCAGUUUGGCUUCAGGGACGACCCCCUGCUACACUACCGCUUCACUGAGAGGAGCUGGACGCCACCGAUGGAGAGGAACAGCAGUAUGCCUCCUGUGGCCAUGUGAUGUUCCCAGAGAAGGAGGGAGGAGUGGGGGGGGGGGGGGGGGAUUACUAUUCAGCAGUGUUGUUGUCAAGUCCCUAAACCGUGACUCCUAAAUCCUGUAUUAGAAUAUUACAACACUGCUAUUCAGUGAGAUGAAACGUUCAGAUGGAAAUAUAAUGAGAUAGAGCUGACACCAUUUAGCAUUCCCAUUUCCACAUAUCAGACAAUCAUAUCUGUUCCGUGUCAUACAUUUAUAUCUGAACAUUUCUGUAACGUUUGCACCCUCCUGAAUGGACCCAAGAAGAGAGAAAGAUGGUGGGCUGCGUCCAGGCUCUGGUCAAGAGUAGUGCACUAUGAAGGGAACAGGACUCUGGUCAAGAGUAGGGCACUAUGAAGGAAACAGGACUCUGGUCAAGAGUAGGGCACUAUGAAGGGAACAGGACUCUGGUCAAGAGUAGUGCACUAUGAAGGGAACAGGACUCUGGUCAAGAGUAGUGCACUAUGAAGGGAACAGGACUCUGGUCAAGAGUAGGGCACUAUGAAGGGAACAGGACUCUGGUCAAGAGUAGGGCACUAUGAAGUGAACAGGACUCUGGUCAAGAGUAGGGCACUAUGAAGGGAACAGGACUCUGGUCAAGAGUAGGGCACUAUGAAGGGAACAGGACUCUGGUCAAGAGUAGGGCACUAUGAAGGGAACAGGACUCUGGUCAAGAGUAGGGCACUAUGAAGGAAACAGGACUCUGGUCAAGAGUAGUGCACUAUGAAGGGAACAGGACUCUGGUCAAGAGUAGUGCACUAUGAAGGGAACAGGGCUCUGGUCAAGAGUAGGGCACUAUGAAGGGAACAGGACUCUGGUCAAGAGUAGUGCACUAUGAAGGGAACAGGGCUCUGGUCAAGAGUAGGGCACUAUGAAGGGAACAGGACUCUGGUCAAGAGUAGGGCACUAUAAGGGGAACAGGACUCUGGUCAAGAGUAGGGCACUAUGAAGGGAACAGGACUCUGGUCAAGAGUAGGGCACUAUGAAGGGAACAGGACUCUGGUCAAGAGUAGGGCACUAUGAAGGGAACAGGACUCUGGUCAAGAGUAGGGCACUAUGAAGGGAACAGGACUCUGGUCAAGAGUAGGGCACUAUGAAGGGAACAGGACUCUGGUCAAGAGUAGGGCACUAUGAAGGGAACAGGACUCUGGUCAAGAGUAGGGCACUAUGAAGGGAACAGGACUCUGGUCAAGAGUAGGGCACUAUGAAGGGAACAGGACUCUGGUCAAGAGUAGGGCACUAUGAAGAGAACAGGACUCUGGUCAAGAGUAGGGCACUAUGAAGGGAAUAGGGUGCCAUUUAAGUGGCCGGUGUGUGCAUCCUGAGUCAGCUACUAUCCCAGCGGAACCAAUCCACAACCUCAACCAGCUCCAGGAUCACAGAGAGACUUCUUUACACGACAUAAAGAAAUCUGCACUGGCUGAAAUGUUGCCCUGAGACGAUUCAACUAUUUCAUUAUGUAACUGAACUGACGUGUUGUAAGACUACUGUAAUACUGUUGUAAUGUACUUGAAAGUCAGUGAAGGAUUAAACGUUUCCCCACUA